AUGGCGCUUGGCGCCGUUAUCGGCUGCGUCUGCGCCGGUUUCUUCAACGAGUCUUUCGGUCGGAAGGGGACGCUCAUCUUCACCUCGCUGCCCUUCAUCACCGGCUGGGCGCUGAUGGCCUGUUCUGGCUACCUGGACAGCCUCUGGUCGCUGAUGAUCGGCCGCUUCCUCACCGGCUACUGCUGCGGGCUGGUCUCCCUCACCGCGCCGAUGUACAUCGCAGAGACGGCUGAUCCCGAAAAGCGGGGUUUCUACGGGUCGGGCUACCAGCUAAGUUGCACCUUUGGCAUCGUCAUGACCUACGUCCUGGGGAAAUGUGGCCGGAAGAUGCUGACCAUCAUCUCCGGCCUAGGCACCGGUCUCAGUCUCAUUCCGCUGACCAUCUUUGACUACCUCAGCUCGGUGAAGAACAGUGAUCAGUUCAACCAGAGCUAUGGGUGGAUUCCCAUCCUCUCCGUCACCCUCUUCAUCAUCUUCUUCAGUCUGGGGCUGGGCCCUGUGCCAUGGCUCAUUUUGGGGGAGAUGCUGCCCUUCAGGAUGAGCUCGAUCAUGUAG